GGACUCCGGGCGAUGGCGGCGCCCAGCGCGCUGCUGGUGAUGGGCGUGAGCGGCUCGGGGAAUUUCAGUAUCAUAAGUUGUCGGCGAUUAAUACCGGUAGGGCAGCCCUCUGCUUCCCAGGGCUCCUCGGAUGGAAGAGGCACAGCGCAGGCUGGGAAAGGGCAGUCAUGUAACAUCUAUGUCCUCUCCACAGAUCCACCGUCGGCACCCUGCUGUCAUCCCAGGGUGGAAAUUCUACGAUGCAGAUGACUAUCACCCAGAGGAAAAUCGGAUGAAGAUGGGAAAAGGGAUACCUCUGAAUGACCAGGACAGGAUUCCAUGGCUCUGCAACUUGCAUGACAUUUUACAAAGAGAUGUAGCCUCUGGACAGCAUGUAAUUCUUGCCUGUUCAGCUCUGAAGAAAGUAUACAGAGACAUCUUAAUACAAGGAAAAGAUGGUGCACCUCUGAAGUGUGAUGAGUCAGGAAAGGAAGAAAAGCUGGCUGAAGUGAAGCUUCUUGUGGUCCAUCUGACUGGGUCGUUCGAGGUCAUCUCUGGACGCUUACUCAAAAGAAAAGGGCAUUUUAUGUCCCCUGAGUUAUUGCAGUCCCAGUUUGAUACUUUGGAGCCCCCAUCAGCUCCAGAAAAUUUCAUUCAAAUCAGUGUGGACAAAAAUCUUUCAGAGAUAAUUGCUACAAUUAUAGAAACUCUAAAAUGAAGUGAGAAUCAUCUAUAUCAGUGGUCCAGAACACAACUGGGCAUAACUCUGUCUCCCAUCCCAAACCAUGUUCCAGUAUCCUUGUUGAUACUGUAUUCUAGAUUCUUCUUAAGGUGAA